UGGUAUAGUAGUGAAAAACAACAGAACUCACUCACUCUUUCCUCUGACAAGGACUUUUGAAGAAAGAAAAGAGAAAGGACCGGCGAGGAUAGAAGAGUAAGAUGCCUAAACAACCAAAGUAUUGGGGGGUAAGAUCCAGGAUGAUGUAAACGAACACACGUGACGCUAGCCAAUGGUCUGAUGUUGCUACUGCCGUUCGGGUCUCUUUCUCUCUCCUUCUCUUGUCCUCAUCAUCGUCAUCUUCUCGUUUACUCAGAAUGUUACUAACCACUUGGUGUGCAACUCUUUAUUAGUCUAGCGCGGACUAUCGUGAACCCUUGCUUGGCUGCAUCCAACUGCUCAAUAUCCGCUGAUGUGCAUAAGUUUAGUUUGUUGGAGAAAAUUGUUCCAAGUAUCGGGAGUUUUCAUUUUAAGGAUUAUUGUGCUCAAGUGAAUUCGGGUUUGUUUUUAAAUAAAUGGAGAGAAGCAACAAAUUCAUUACUAGAAUCAUAUCGCACUACAACAUCCGGAUGACGAUAGUUUUACUGAUAUCUCCUGUCGUUCAGUGAACGUCCUGUUGAAAGCGAAAAAAAUUAAAUUUAUAAAUUAUUUAUAGAAAUAGUGUAAGUGGAGUCGCAAUUCUGAUGUGAUCGACCACGUGAAAAUAAAGCUAUUGUAGUUGAUAGAUAGUAUAAGUGAUAAUAUUUAAGAUACAUUAACGAGUGUUUGUUGACAUGUGUCAGUUUUUCCAAACACCGCUUUUGAAUGAUAUAUUCUCCGGCGCUGACAUUUAUCGACGACGUCAACAGUAUCUUUAUCGAGACAAUUUAAUCUUUAAAAGGUGCGAAAAAUUAUUCUGGUUACUUGAAACUGCUGUUGAGUUAGUGACACACUGGUCGACAACAAGCACAAGUGUAAUUUGAAAAAAUGGUGGCGCUCGUCGCGAUGCGACGCGAACAUACAACAGGACGUAGCAGUAAUUACGAACCCGCUAAUCCACUUGCAGGUUUUGAUCAUCUCCAACCAAAUCCAUUUGGUCAUCCAGUUAUCAAUGAAUCUAGAACACGUGACGUUCAAAAUCCGGAAGAUGGGGAGUUACAAGAGUUUGUGGAUAUUGCUCAAGUCCAACAAUUACUGCAGCAGCAGACCCAGCAUCAACAACAACAUCAUCACCAUCAACAACCACCUACGACCUCGUGUCUCUGGGGAGCGGUUUAUCCGCCACCUCCACCCACUAUCAGCUAUCCUCAUCAUCACCAUCAUCAUCAUCAUCACCAUCCCUCGGAAUCUCAUCAGUCAGGCGAGGAGACGCAGUGCGGACCGGAGGAAGCUAUCGCAGCGUCUACCACAAUAGUUAACCCAAUCCAACUCCAGAGGAUGACAAUGGACGGAAUUGAGGUGGUUGGCACGCAGCAUCACGCUGCAGCCAGUCCAUUCCUUCUUUCGUCACCGCCACCGGGACACCAUCAUCACCAUGUCCAUCACACCCACGCUUCAUACAAUAUUCAAGCUGUUCAAUUGAGUUUUGACACCUGUCUGGCUUACAAUACUGCGACUUCAACUUCAGGGAUCCACAUAGGUCGUGGAACGUCAUCGCCGAUUGCCGCGACCUCCAUCAACAGUGGCAAAGCAGUGUCACUUCUCACACUCUCCAGCUGUCCUCCAUUACAUUCUGCCAGUUCGGACUCUUCGGAUGCUCAUCACCGACACCGGCAUCAUCACCACCACAAUCAUCAUCACAAUGAUACACACCAGCAUCAUUCCAUCUCUGACAAUCCCAUCUCACCGGGUGAUUCUGGGAAAAAACAAAUCCAACAUCAAAGGAAUGGUGACGACGAUGAUGUGUGCAUCGGGAACUGCCAAGAUGACAUCCAUGAUACCACAGAAAAAGAUAAACCUGGUGAUUUAAACACUCCUGUGACCACCAGCAGUGAUUUGCCAUCUUUUUUUGGGCCCUCAGCGCUCGUAGAACCACCGCCAAUAUCAGGUAGCCUAGCAGGUGAUGAUCUGUCCCUCGAAGCAGCAACUGUGGAGGAUGAUGAAACGGUGGUUUCUACGGGAAGAGAUCACCAGCAGCAUCAUCACCAUCACCAUCAAGAUAACACAGAUUCCACUGGCGGAUCACAUCCAGCGUCUAGUCCCCAGCGUCAUCAUCAGUCCCAGGAGGAUAUUGAGCGCUGUAAUAUCCUUCAAGGAGGUGUCAUUCUCUACUCAGCUCCGCACUCGACGACAUCUGUUUCUUCUACGCCUGUCACUAGUGUCAACAUUUGUAAUGUACCCACGCUUACUUAUCGCGGUAUCUUUACAACUACCUGCACUCAAUCGACUACUCUCAAUACUCUUCAAACACCUCAGCAACAACAACAGCAGCAGCAACAGCAACAACAACAACAACAACAACAACAACAACAACAACAACAACAACAACAACAACAACAACAACAACAACAACAACAACAACAACAACAACAACAACAACAACAACAACAACAACAACAACAGCAACAACAACAACAACAACAACAAACAUCUCAAGAAAUAUGGAAUUCAAUUCCAUCACCCUCUCUUACCUUAACCAGUCAACCAUUCCUCCAUCCAUCACUUCACUCAGCCCCCUACGGUGGAGAGACUGUAGAACUUCUUCAAGUUGAUUCAAAGCCCCCAACUCAUUCUGGAUAUCACGAUUCACCAUCUUCGACAUCGACAACUUGGCUCACUAGUCACGAGGACAGCUAUGAUCCAGGACUACUGUCUCAUCACCAGCCUCAGCCUCAUCAUCAUCACCACCAUCAUCACCAAGAAACGACGCUCAAACAAGAACCAGUUGGUAACUCUGGAUACAAUCCAGCAGUGCAGCAACACCAACAGUCUCAACCUCAACAACAGCUAUCGACAUCAGGGUCCGGGGCUGUUCAACUUGCUGAGUACAAUCCUAGCACAUCAAAAGGCCAUGAAAUUCUGUCCCAAGUUUAUCAACAGAGUUCUCUCCCUCUGAGGCUAGUACCAGUUAAACCGAGAAAGUAUCCUAACAGACCGAGCAAAACUCCAGUCCAUGAAAGGCCUUAUGCUUGCCCAGUCGACGGAUGUGAUCGACGAUUCUCACGUAGCGAUGAACUUACAAGACAUAUACGUAUUCAUACGGGUCAGAAGCCAUUCCAGUGUCGCAUAUGCAUGCGCUCUUUUUCACGGAGCGAUCACCUAACUACCCAUGUUAGAACUCACACUGGUGAAAAACCAUUCUGCUGUGAUCAAUGUGGAAGAAAGUUUGCCAGAAGUGACGAGAAAAAAAGACACGCCAAGGUUCAUUUGAAGCAAAGGCUCAAACGUGAGGCAAGUCAUAUUAACUCAAGAAAUCAUUCUCAAGCUCACGUAUCUUCUCCUUGCAAUCAAUAAAUUAAUAUUAUUUUUUAAAAGUAAUAUUGAUUAUAUUAUAUUUCUUCCGAGAUUUUCAAUAUGGUGUUUUCAUAUAAAUAUAAACUACACGGAAAGAACAAGAUUACACUGGAUGAUAUUCCAGAUUAUACUCAGUGACAUCUGUAGUGAAAAAAAAUUUCAGUCGUGUAACAAUAAGAUCUAACCUGUUCAUAGUCAUAUGAUAAUGCUAAGUGCGCAGGCGCUAGAAAAAAAAUGGCGCAGAUAUCACUGGGUCUAAUCCAAAUUCUACAGGAUACAAUCUCGGAUUAUAUCCAGUGGAAUCUUACGUAGUAUAAUCUGAGAUUUCACUGGGCAAAAUGGGAGAUUACAAUUAGUAUAAUCCAGAUAUCACUCAGUAUAAUCUGGAUUAUGCUAGCUACGAUCUGAAAUUUUUUUUCACUACAGAUUUUACUGAGUAUAAUCUGGAAUGUUAUCCAGUGUAAUCUUGUUUUUUCCAUGUAAUGUAUGUUUGUUCGUUAUUAUUAAAUUUUAAAAACUAAUAUAUUGAAAAAAUUUCAAGAUAAUUAGUAAUUUUAUGAGAAAAUGUUAUAGUAUUAAUUUAUUUGAUCUCUGUUGACACUUGAAUAUCCUCUCACGGAUACCUGAGUCUUUCAAUUGUGCGGUCGUAUAAUCGUUAAUCGUUACCUUAGUUUUAAUCGACUAAGUUUUAGAUUUUUUAUUACUCAAACCAUAGUUUAAAAUGUUAAUCUAUAUUAACUAAUUUUAUCAUACAUUAUACAGAAUUAUAUUUAUAAGUAAUAUUUAACAGUUACAUAAAAUUAUUUUUUCUUAACAAAUUAAUUACAAACGUAACAAAUUUUUGUAUAAAAUUAAACAUACAAGUUGUUAUCUGAUUUAAAAUCAUCACUUGUUAAAACUAAGGUACCGCUACUUAUAUUUAUUUUAUUUUCAUUCUAAAUUUUAUUUUUCAAUAUAUAUUUAGUUUUAUAUUUGUUGAAUUUUUCUCCGUGAUCCGGACACGCUAAACGCCGAUUUUCAAAAAAUUUUCUAUUAAAAAAAAAUUUGAAUUUUUUUAAAACUUGAUGGACAAUCUUGAAAAUUUUUUUUUUCAUUUCUUGCCGUAUAAAUAAGAAGAAAAAAAUUAGAGUUAAUCCAUUGAAAAAAGUGUAAUUACAUUAUUAAUGGUUAUUUAUGGUUAAAACAUAAAGUAAUAUUGUAAAUAUGUAUAUAUAUGCCGUAUUAUAUGUAUACAUAUAAAAUAUAUUUAACUGGAUGCAGGUACAGAAAAAAUGCCGAUAUAUAUUAUAUAUAGAAAAAGAGAGAGAGAGAGUGAUAAAUAAAUGGAUAAUUUAAUUGUUUUAAAUGUCUGUUUACUCCAAAAAAAUUGUUAUAAAAUAAUAAAUUUUUUUUGUCUAAACUACUAUGAAAUAUGAAAUAUCCAUCCAUAUGUGUAUACAUAUGAUUAAAAACGAGUAAUUAAUUUUAUGUAUAUAAUGCUAUAUUUAUUAACAAAAAGCGUGUAUAUUUUCUUUAAAAAGUUAUGGGUAUUUUACACCCAUUGCACGCACAUAUUUUUAAAUACUCGUUGUAUUGCUGAAUAGGCAGGCGUACAUAUUUUAAAUUAUAUAUAUGUAUAUAUGUUGUUGAUAUAGAAAUAGUAUUUUUAUUGAAAUAUUUCUCUACGUCGAAGAAUAUGUAAUUUAAAAUUAACAAGAAAAAUAUAUUGAGAAUUUGUUUACUAUCUAUAGGUGCAAUUUACACGAAGAAACUAAAACAGAAAUAGUUUAAGUAUUACAGUCAUUUGUGUAGUAAAAAUUAGUAACUAUUAAAGAGUUAUAUCAACAAAAUAAUCCCGUGCAAUCAAAUGAUAUUUAAUGUUAACUUGACGAAGUAUGAAUAACAAUUACUGAUUUAAUUUCUUCGUGUUUGAGGAAAGAAAUGAAACUGCAGAAGAUUUAAAUGUAUAUGCUAAUUAAAUUGUUCGAUAUUUACCAUGUAUUGUUCUUUAUUGCUUUAAUAUUGUCUUUCUAUCUUUUAUCUCACUUUCACCGAUACCAGAGAUUACUUUUUUACAAAAUGGUUGCUUAUAAGUAAUUUAUAAAAAAAUUUUAAAAAGUUAUAUGUAGUGUCAUUGUAUACACGUGACUUUUUUUCAAGUGCUACGCACGUUAAAUUCGAACUUGCUUAUUAUUGUUUAAAACGUUUCUUGUUCAACGCGAAAUCUGAACAUUGCAUUACGACAAUUAUUAA